UUAUGGCCGACGCCUGUCUAACGCGAGCAUACCCAGUCAACACGCGCAACUAGACAGACAGACCGUGUUUUUUUUUAUAGUUCAGUGCUAUUUGUGGGCGGAAGUGUUCCAUUCAAAAUGGCCGCGUUUUGUUUAUCUAUGAAAAACGGUAUCGUGACGCUUCUUAUAUUGAUGUGUAUAGCGGCUGUCAUCCGAGAAUCAAAUGCGCGACCACCCUGGCUGGCGCCCGGUAGCGGCGUGUUCACAGAGUCAGCGGAAUGUCAUACAGACGACGAGCUCCUAGAUCUAUGCCAGAGAUGUGCCAAGCUGACAAAGUCUAAACUAGCGUACCCAGCAUGUUGCUCCACAGAUUUACAAGCUAGAAAGUGGUGUUCAGACUAUGUAUACUUCGGAAGGGGUCAAUACGACUUUUACUUAAUUUGAAACAUACUUUAAGCUAUGUAAGGAACUAGACAUUUAAGGAAUCGAACACACUAGCGCGAUCAAGUUUGGUGUUAGAAGCAUUUGAUAUCGUAGAGAUGAAAAUGUAUCCAAUGCCUUAUAAAUGCCGCAUUAGAAUUUCUUGCGCAAGUAUGUUCCAUCCUUAAGGCUGUUAGAGUCAUCAAAGAUAUUUUUGGAACUAUUUCGAUUUGUUGUCGAAUUAUUUUUUAAUAAAUAUUUAUACUAUGUAUAGAUUAUAUAUUAAUUAAUACAAUUAUUCUUUACAAAAUAAUUUAAGUGUUGAUAGAUUAUACAUCUGAUUGAUACUCUAAAGUAAUCUACACAAACAAACACACACGCAAAAGCACACAUAAUGCAAUCAAGUGACUCCUAAAUUGUACAUUGAUUUGCCCUUGCGUCUAUUUUGUUAUAGUAUUUGUUUAUAUGUUUGUUACGCUUAACUACGUACCCGAUCAUGACAUUUAGCAUACACUUAUCCAUGGUAUGGAAAAGUACAUAGGAUACCUUACAACUUCCACCCCCUCACAGGGAUCAAAGUCACGGGCAGAAAUUAGUUUUAUAUAAACCAGAAAAAGCCGCCCUGCAUCUGAACUCUUUCCGGUUAUGUCGGAUUCUUCCCAUUCCAUGACUAUAUUGAUUAGAAAUCUUGAAAUGAAUUAAUCUUUUGGGUUUAAUGAAGUUGAGAUGAACGAAAGCCUCUUUUCAACUAUUGUAUGGCUUAUAGUUUCAGUUUUGCAUUGAUCACCCAGGAGAUACUUCAGGACACUUUCUCAUAUUUCACGUUGCGUUGCAAUAUUUAAAAUUUAAGGUUAUGUAAUUAAAUACAAUUGUUAUAUUAUAAAAAUAUUUCGCUUUAUAUAAUUAUAAUAACAUAUAUUUAUUUUAUGUAAUUGGAGCAGCGUGAUGGAAUAAGCUCCAAACCUUCUCCUUAAAAAGGGAGAGGAGGUCUUAGCCCAUUCCAUGUCCCACUGACAUCAACAGGCUGUUAUUAUUUUAUGUAAAAUUCACUUUUAAUUAGUUUUAAUAAAUAAAAAGCAUGACUGUGAUAUUGUUAGCUUAGGUUUUGUCUUAAAUAAAUGUUUUAAUAA